GCUUUUUAUUCGCACGUGUGAAAAAAUCUUGGUUUCAAAGCCAUAACUCUCUCUAUGUCAAGGCCUACAGACUCGUCUCGGCUAGCGAAGCACAAUAAUCCAUUCAUAAUAGUUUGGUAACUCGCCGCGAAAAUAGUCCGCCGAAAGAUCUCGAGAACCUGAUAUGUUAAUCUCGGCGAACUCUUCGACAUCGGUGGCGGCGCGUAGAAAGAAACAAAGUAAACAAACUAAGACGUCCUCGUCAUUGCGACGACUGCAUCGAUCAGGCGUUUAACGAGUUUAGAGAUGGCAAGCUGUAAAUUCUCAUCAACGCCACUGACGCUCGCUGAGAGAGAGAGAGAGAGAGAGAGAGAAAAAACUCGCGAGAACGAAAGAAGAAACUCGGCAAGUAGUAGCAGUCGCUCGAAAUAAUCAAAGCCGACGCGAAAAAUUAAAUGUCUCUCUCUCUCUCCUUCUCCGCCCACACACGGCAAUGAAACUUUGCGCAGUUUUUUACGUUCGCAGCCGUGCUGACCAUGACCUCAGACCGAGUCUGCUCGAAUACCUACACUCGCACACCGUCUACACUCCUUUAAGCAACUACAAGCGAAAGAAAAAAAAUUAUCGAAUAUUCCCUCGUUCUCGAAAGUAUACAGCCGCGCGCUUCUGCUGCUCAGCAGCUCUCGGAGUGUACCGAGCGACUACGUAGCCGCAAAAAAUCUACCCCCGCGUGUGCGAGUGCAAAAACAUCCGAGACGACGACGACGACGUCGGGCGGCGGCGGGUACGUGUAUUUUAAGAAAAUCGCCGGGGCAGCUAAGCGCGCGCUCGCGCGACUCGCCUCCGUAUACUACACUAUACAGGCGCGCGACGUUCCGAGAAGCAAUUUCGAUCUUUACGAUGCUUAUAUACAAGCGCGCACUAUAGGGGCGCGGCCGAUAUACACGCCGGCGCUGCAUAACUCGUCCGGCAGCUGAGCGAGAAAAAAUCUCUGUGGGAGAGAGAAAAAGAGCGGCUUUUAUCUCGGACGGCCCCGAAAUGCAUAAUGCAGAGGCUCAGAGCCCCGCGUCUCUGCGAUGCUCUCGGUUUUCGGGGUAGUAGUCGAGAAUUAGUUGUUGAAAAAUAUUUCCGAGUUGCGUAUGAAUGAUUCUCGACGAGUAUAAUCCUAUUGAGCUCGACGUGCGCGUGUCAGCGGCUCGCGCGCGAGCUAUUCAAAACAAGGCAUACUCUAAAUUCCAACCUUCUGCAAAACCAACAACGAGAUUCUGUGGCGCUGCGAUACAUUUGCGCGCCAGCCACAUUCGAAUACACCCGCCGCGCGAGCUUGCGCGGAGAUAAACUUCGAAGCGUUCGCGCCAAGGAAAACAGCUGUUUUUUCCCUAAACGUGUGUAAUAUUUUUAACGAAGCGCAUCCGUCAAAAUAUUUUCGCCGCGUACACACGCGUGUUCGCGUGAAAUUAAAAGGCGAUCCGUCUCUCUCUCUCUCUCUCUCUCUCUCUCUCUCUCUCUCUCUCUCUCUCUCUCUCUCUCUCUCUUUCGGCUUUCAGAUUCUUAUCCGCCGCCGCAAAUUUUUCCAUUCCCGCGGCGCAGCCUUGUCGCUGUUACACACGCUCGCUUCCUCUCCUCGAAAAUACGGCUCUCCGCGCGGCGAUCGGGGCCAGCGGCGCUGCAUACUGUACUGCACAACUAUACACGUAUACAUAUACAGCUUCUCGGGCGCUCAAGGUCGCCGAAGGAUACUCGCGCAUAAAUUACGCGCGAGCGAGCGCUGCAGUUCAGCCGAAGCCGCAAGUACAUCCUUGCGGCGCACAUGAUUUUCGGAGAGCGCCGCGCGAAGAUGGCUCUCCCUCGUGGGAAUCUCGUAUAUUCGCGCAGUCCUCGAGUCCGAGCUGUAUAAGGAUCACUGCGAGAAUCGAUGGACGUGUUUUUCGGCUAUGAAUACAGCACACUACGCGCGGGCCGCAUAUUUCACACGGGCUGGAUUAAAACUCGCCUGACAAAUCUCGCAGACGCAUUAUUCAACGCUACACACACCGCCGCCGCAAACUGUGAUGUAUAGGAGCUGCGAGAGGGGGAGAGAGAAGGAGGAGCUUCGUAAUCCUGAAAAAAAUCUGUUUAUGCAGCAUAGUCGCUUGUAUAAACGCAUCUCGUGCAGUCGCGGGACAUGUGUGCGAAUUUUCGGUGCGGGCCGACCUUCGCAGGUGUUAAAAAUCGCGCUUUUUUACGACGCCCGCGCGAGUCACCUGCUGCCCCGUAUGCACGCGCGUGUGUAUACCUGUAUACAGCGCUUGGCCCGUCGAAGGGGAAAGGGAAUUUGUGCGAACGCAUCGUCUAAAACGAGCAUCGGCGGCGGCGGAUGCGCGGGAAAAGAAAAGCAAAAGUGCGAAAUGUACAGGUGUGCGAUGAAUCGCCGCAGACAAAUUGUGGCCACUCAUAACUCGCAGAUUUGGAUCUGACGGCACACACGCGGUUAUUCUUCUUCGUCUUCUUCUUCUUCUCCUAUUCGCCGAGAGAGCUUAGAACGCAUGCGCACACUUGCUUUUUAUACGGGCCAUUGUUCGCUUCUUAGGAAAAUGAUAUUUCUCAACGAUGUUAUCGCCGCCGAGUUCGAAAAAAAAAUAACUCUCAACUCACCCCUCGGCGAGUCGUAUAUGCAAGCGUGUAUGCGUGUGAUCGUACCCACCUGCAACAGAGAAAAGCGCGAAAUUAAAAUUCAGCGUUACAUUCGCGAAGCAUGACGCAUACGAUUGAAAAAAAGGAUCUGGGUGUAUAAUAGCAGAGGAGCAGCCGACUUGAUAUCAAGUCGAAUUCGGCCUCUCUGAAUCAUCAAUGGCACACAUUGAUGAUUACUCACAGCUGACGGAAGAUCUGCCGGCGGCCGGUAGCGAGUACCGAUCAACAUUCGCGUUUAAAUCGCUCCCUCUUCUCCGCGCUCCGAAAGAGCGUAUACACGCGGGAGCAAAAAAAAGAGAGAGAGAAAGAUCCGCGCGGCGCAGAGAAGCCGAAAGAGAGAAGGAAUUCGAGAUUCCAUCGGACGGCACUGCACACGCCUGACUCUCUUUGGCGCGAGAGAGGAGCUGCUGCUGAGGAUAUAGAGUGAGCAGAGAACAGCGCAGCGACCUUGUGGGAUCCGGUUUUUUUCGCGCUCGCAAAAUUUUAUGCUCACCUCGACGAGCUCUCCUCUCUCGCUCGCGCACUCUCUCUCUCUCUCUCUCUCUCUCCCGACUUUUUCUCUCUUUUCCGCCUACUACUCGCACUUCGAUUUCCCGUCUUUUUCGCUCAAGAGCUCGACAGAGCUCGGCGUGAUCCUUAUCGCGUAUAUAAACGCGCGCGGUGUGCUUUGUCGAUCGAAGUUCCAAAAAGGAAGAAAAAGGCAUUACGUGUGCGCGAGCGCGAACGAAAUCGAAAUUGCACUUUGUUAUCCUCGACGACGCAUUAACUUUAUUACCACACGCGCACGCUGGGUAUUACAAAAUUGCAUCUUUAUUCGCCGACGCGCGCUCGCAGCUCCUUUAUGCGCUUGCUGCGAAGCCGAGAGAUAAAAGAUGGUAAUAUGCAGCGCGCGCCGGGCUUUUUCUGAUAUUACGCGCGCGCAAGCGAGCGUCGGGGGGGAAUAUGUUAUUGCGGAAAAUUUGAAUGGACCGCUCGGAGUCGGCCGCCCCGGACACGCUGGUAUUAAAAAGCAUCGAGACAGCAGCGCGUGCAUGCAGAUUCUCUCCCUCUCCUCGGAUAGUUUAUGUUCUCCUACUCAAGGCCGUCUUUUGCGCGAAUACGACCAAAGCCGCGCGUUUCGCGUGCGCUCUUUUUGCAUCGCGCUUUCUCGCCCGCUUUUAUAUCACAUCGCUGUGAAUUGUUAUUCAACCUUCCGCUCUCUCGAGUUCCAGCUGCAGCGUUCGAACGAUGAUGAAAAUAACAUUGCAAAAUAAUUCCCUCUGCUAUUUCGAGAACCGAGCGUAGCCCGAAUCAAAAGCUCGCGCUAACCCCCUUUCAACUUCCCCGAAGCCGAAACUUGAUUCCCUGGGGCGCCGUUUCGGAAAGCCGUCGACUUCGCCGACCUACAUAAUCCCGAAUUCGCAUUAUAGACCAGCGCCGAAAAAAAAGCAGAGCCGAAACAAAGCCGAAAAAAAGGAGCAGCAGCGUCGCGCACUGCAACACCUGCGCCUGCGCGCGAAGGUCGUACGCAUACGCGAGUCACGUCCUCUCUUUCUCAGCUCUUUCCCUCGUUCGCGGAUGACGUGGCGCGCGCGGCUUUGCACUCGUCGUCUGUCCGCACACACUACAGCCCAGACUCGUACAUACUCUGCGAUGCCGAAGAGGAGACGAGGCUGACGGAAAAAAGAGGCGAAAAAAAGAGUCCAACAGAUGCGGAGGGAAAACUCGGUUUUCCACGAGAAGAUGCUCUGAUACAGGCUACUGGUUAAUUUUUGAAAACGUGCACCGAAAUGAGAAUGGCGUAAACGCAGUAGCUCGAGAAGGAGAUGAUAAAAAAGGAGCGCGCGGCGUGUAUCCGCGUGUAUAAUGAGAAAGGUGCCGACAAGCGAUUAAUCCAUGCGCGCGCAUGUGUACUUAUCCCUCCGGCCCAGCAUCAGCUAGGCGUGAAAAACGCGGGCUGGCCGAGAAGAGAAAAAGCAGCGGCGCGAAUAACUCUUUCGCUACACGUAGGCUCCGUUGCUUAAUUCAACGCGUAUUUUGAAAUUCAUCGGAAUGACAAGGUUUCGCCGCGGAAAAGAGCGGGCACACGUGUGUGUGUGUGGUGUACAGCUUCAACGCCUGGAAAAUCAUCGAGUAGCGAGUGUACCUAAGUUUUUACGCGAGAGAGAAAAAACGGUGCCGUGUCAAAAUGAGCGAUUCGGUGUUACGGGGUGUCGCAGCGGCUAACGAUCUUGAGGUGUUUACGGGGAUCUCGCAUGCGGCGGAGGAGAUAAAAUGAAUAUUUUAAUAUAUCGGCUAUGGCAAUUGCGGGGAGAGAUGUCUGGAAGGGCUGCUGCGUGAGAAUUUAUUUUUUCUCCGAAUUUCGAGAAACCUGCAGAUCGGAGAUUUUUUGAAAUAUUAUUGUUGUAUUAUUAAGAUUUUAGAUGUGCGAAAUCGAAGCAGGAAGAUAUAAAUUGUGUUUAUGAUAGCUGAAGCUAACUGUACAGACUAUUAUCAUCGUGCAUAGCAAAAAUAUUAGUGAUAAAUGGACGAUUGUGGUUCAGAAAGUUCGCAGUAUAGUUUGAGUAUUAAGUUGUUGCGGUUUCUAUGCAUUCUAGUGCCUGCAAACAAGAAAAUCUCUGAUAACAGUGUUAUUAUUAUAAGCAGCAACAAAUAGACUAAUUAUAAUUCGACAAAAACCACCCAAGUACAGGCGCACCUAUAGGCAGUAUACACUUACGACGUUGACGAGAGCGUCGAUCCACUUGCACAGCACAACGGCUCGAACGCUAAUGAAUUACGUAUACCGACGUUAUUAAGGUCAUUAGUGGAAGUGAAAAACUGCACUCAAGCGACGUUAGCUAUCCUCGUAAAAUUUGUAAUUAACGUUAAACGGUGAACCGAAUUCGAGCUGCAAAGAAGAAGAAGAAGAAGAAGAAGAAGAAGAAGAAGAAGACGUGUAAUGGUAACGGCUGAUGGCGACGACGCGAAAUAAGUACACGAAAAAGCUGCAGGAACAUGCUUGUAGACGAGUGUAUUCGUAGUUACAUAUUUUUUCUUGCCAUCUAAGUAUAGUAUGCAAACUUUCAAUUCGUCCUAAUUAUAGGUACAAACAUAGCUUCACGAAUUAAAUGCCAUUCCUCCAAAACGACAGCCAUCAAUUCCGACGAAAACAGUUUAAUCGAUAAAUCAAUCAAUACUAUCCAAGAAAACCAACUCGUGGACCUUAAUCUUCGAAUUGUCAGUAAUUAAAAAUAAAAAAUCUGCAAGAGAUCAACAAGAUGGAGAAAAUCACAUUACAAAUUGAAAGCGUGUCUCCUGGCACGAGAAAGAAAUCACUCAACAGAUUUCCAGCACGCAGAUACAGUACCCGCGUAAGUACACCGCCGUCGCACUUAAACGAAUUAACACCGCACAGCUUUAAAGCCCUCGAUCAAAGUCGAAUAAAUAUCCAAGUGCGCAAAAAAGAAGGAAAAGAAAAAUGCGCUCCAGCGCUCGAUGAAUAAUAAAACGGCGAUAAACUGAACUUUUCUCUGUACAAAACAUAUUCCGAACGGCGUUAAUUUUUCGGAGCGGUUGAUCCGGCACACAUGACCGAGAGACGGAAGGAACCACGCGCAUGCAGUAUAUGGCGCGGGCCGAAAAGCGAAAGAAAGAGAGGGAGAGGAAGAACUUGACCUUCCAGGGGCAAUUACGUCUCAUUAGGCCGGCGUCGAGUGGCCGAAAAAGAUCCUGCGCGCGUGUGUCUAUACGUAUACGGCGAUAUCAUUACGUCGCAUCGCAACAGCUGUAUAACUACACUGUUAAAAAUUGGUUGAAAAUUCAACAACAAUAAGUAGUUGAAAAUUCAAUUUUGCGUUAUUGAAAACUAAAUUCAAUAACUUUUGAUUGAAUAUCUCGGCGCUAGGUUUUUCUAAGUUAAUUCAAGUACAUGUUACUGAAAAAACUUAUAAAAUUUUGACGUAUCCAACUUUUAUUAGGCAUCAAUUCGCAUUUUAAAUACUUAUGAGACAUGAUAAAAACAAUGUAAAAUGAUGUGUAUCGUAACCUAUAUAUUAAUGAAUUGUAAAAUAACAUCUCGAGCAACAUCGUCAAACGGGAUCGGACAAUAGCUGCACGGAAAGAAGUACGCACGCUGAGGGACGGCGCGACUGAGCAUCUUGAUUUUGAUACUCUUAAACACGGUGUAUUGGCAUGCACUGAUAUUCAGCAUGCUUGCACGAGAAAAAACGAUGCGCAAGAGUCGGUAGGGCACGCGUCGCCGCUCGCGCAGUUGCACCGUCCCUCGGCAUGCCUCACACUACUUCUUUCCGUGUGACAGUUCUACGCAUUGAUAUAGGUGGUUCGACAUCGCUACCGCGCAUGCGCGUCGUCGCUGCGGCAUGUCGCGUCGGUCGGGCCCGCCCGCCGCCGCUGACCGGGCGAGCGAGUCGCGAGCGCCGUCCGCGAGUGCAAGCGUGAGCGAAAAAUAACCGCCAUUUCGACAGCAGCGUUUUAAAGUAGUGCAUGUUUGGCUUUGUUCGUAACGGAUUUUUGGUUUCGUUCUACAUUCAAUGAUGUCAUUACGGUAAGUAUAAUUGCAAUGAAUCAAUCAGUGACAAACUCAAGCUAUUGAACCCGUAGCUCAUAAAACCGCUUGGUUUAUUAGGUAGAGGUUAGGAUACCCAUUCGCCGGCAAGUUUCGACCGAACUAUUCGGAGAAUUCCGUGCCAAAAACACAAUUCAUCAAGCGGAAAGUUAAGGUUCGAGAGCCCGAAUAUCAAAAGGGACAUUCUUGCUACAGCAUCAGCAGUUAACAACGUCACGCAGGCUUUCUGAAGCCGCUUUUUGGAAGUCUCGCGGCAGUGUCUCCGCGUCAGGACAUAUAUCUUGCACAGCAAGCAGAGAGACAGUUGUAGCCUACCCGCGCGCCAUGACCUACGCUCUCAUCCCAGCUCGCAGCGGCCGUGUUUAUCGCGACUCGUCAGCAUAUCCUUAAGCUCUGAGUCUACUAGGAUAUAAGAAGGAUAUUCUUGCAAAAGCAUUGGCAGUUGACGACGUCGCGUAGGCUUUCUGAAGCCGCUUUUUGGAGGUCUCGCGGCAGCGGCCAGUGUCUCCCCGCCUGCGUCAGGCCAUCUAUCUUCAGCGUCAGCUACAGCGAGCUUACAGCUCGCAGCGGCAGUGUUUAUUGCGACUCUUCAACAUAUCUUCAAGCUCUGUGUCUACACGAAUGCAUUGAAACAGUAAGCGUUGUUAAGCCUACCUACUAGGGUCCACGUUUUGGUUUGCAUCGCUGAUGGCUCAGGUAUAAAUAUCUUGGAGUAUUGUUAUAGUCAACUACAAAGCUCGAUGCUCAUGAUAUGCUACUGGUAAACUUCAGUACCAUAGCUGAUUUUAUUUCAUGGAUUAUUGUCAACUGAUAUAUGUAUGGCUGAUGAUUCACAUAUGAAUAUCCUGAAGAUGAACGUAGCCUAAGCUAUCCUUUUUUGUAGUCAACUAACAAGCUCCAGAAUAACAACGAUGUCAAAACUUGUUGAUUUGCCAACAAAAACUGGGAGCUCACUGACUGAGUGAAAUUAUUUUUAAACAACUAGAUAAAAAAAACGUUAUUAUCAAGGUUAUACGUCUCUCUACAUAAGCUAAGCGUAAGUGUUUUGGUAUAGUUGAAAAUUGAUUCGCGAAAAAGCUAAAUGGUUCUUAUAAAUGUAGUGGACGGUCUUCAAUUUUUCUCAGUGCCUCUGCGUCUCCUGAACCAUUUCUGUGCGAAAAUGAGCUAUAAGCUAAGUUCAUUUAUUUGAAUCAUGAACUAUAGGUUAUUUUAAUUUGAAUAUUAGAUAUUAUUAGGGGCACACCUGAUUCAAUAGAUUAUAUCAACUUUCGCGUUAUCUUAAAGAAAAUUAUGUUCUACUGUCGUCUUUGUAACUUCAAAACACCAUCCUUGCCUAGACAUUUGCUACACCAUAAAUUUCAUCGAAAUAUUCAUAAUUAUGUACAUUGUGGAUUUGAAAAGUGUCUAAAAUUUUUCAAAAAGGAAGCUCACUUAAAGAAACAUUUAUUUCGGUCACAUAAUCUUUUGAAACAAAAAGAAAAUCCAAAAACAGUAUUAAAUUCCGACCAAAGAGGUAAAUUUGUGUGUAGCAUUAGUAGUUGCGAAAAAGACUGGGAUUGUUUCUCUGAUCUUGUCAAACAUUUGAAAGUACACAUUAAAAAAAAUGAUCAAAUCACCUGCCCAAUGCACGAUUGUGGAAAGAAGUACAAGGUUUUAUCUUCUUUUACUAGUCAUUUAACUAAACAGCAUAGAAACAAUUAUAAAAAAGUACAGGAUUCAAAAAUAUACGAUCAGUCAGAAAUCGAGGAAUCGCAAACAAAUUCAGAUUCUGUUGAAGCUCAGUCGCUUGAAUGUGUUGUCGACAAUAAAAAUCAAUCUGAACGUUUUGAAAUCGAUGGUGAUGCGCAAUCGGAAUCUCCAGUAGAACAAAACCCUUCACUAGAAGAAUCGUCCGAUUUGUAUCUACAUAACUUAGCUCAAUUCUAUUUGAAAUUAGAAACCCAGCUUUUGCUUUCCGCUUCUACUGUGAAAACUAUUGUUACUGAAAUAACCAGUAUGCAGCGAGAAUCACAAAAUAUUGUAAUGACAUCGUUAGCUAGAAAAUUGAUCUCUGAAGGAAUAUCAGCUGAUAAAGUCGAUAUUAUUGUGAAAGAAAUCAUAAACGAAGAUCCUUUCUUAAAAUGUAAUGUAAAAUUAGGAAGUAAUUACAAACGAAAAAAAUUUUAUAAGGAAAAUUUUGAUUUUAUACAACCAGAGUCACUAGUAAUCGACAAGGAGAACCAAACGUAUUUUUCAUACGUGCCCAUAAUAGAAACCCUAAAAUAUACGUUCCAAGAUAAGUCAAUACAGCAUGAAAUAUUAAAAAAACCUGAGCCAAGAGAUAAAGACGUUCUUUUCGACUUCAUGGAUGGCACUGUAUAUAAAUGCAAUACGUUUUUCAACGAUAAUCCGGACGCAUUAAAAAUUAUUUUAUACCAAGAUGCUUUUGAAGUAGUGAAUCCCAUCGGAGCUGCAAAAAAGAAGCAUAAAAUUUUAGCGGUAUACAUGAGUAUUGGAAAUUUACCAGAAAACUUACGAUCUCAUGUCAAUACUAUUAAACUUGUUGCGCUAUGCAAAGAAAUUGAUUUUGAUUGCCAAAAGGUCUAUGGAAAAAUCGUAGAAGAUCUAAAAAUUAUUGAAACUACUGGAAUUGAAGUAGGUGAAAAGCUCUUAAAAGGAUCACUUGUGCAUAUCUGUGGCGAUAACUUAGGAAGUCAUAGCUUGGGCGGUUUUACAGAAAAUUUUAGUCGUGCAAAAUAUAUAUGCCGAUUUUGUAACGUAGAGAGGACAGAAUUAGAAAUGGUACAUGGUGUAACUAAAACAUCUGAUUGGAGAACAGUUGCUUCAUAUGCGAAUGCUCUGGAACAGAAAGGAAACAGCAAUGACUUCGAAGGAAUUAAAUUUGAUUCAGUUUUCAAUCAACUCCAAUAUUAUCAUGUGUGUUCCCCUGGACUUCCUCCAUGCAUUGGGCAUGAUUUGUUUGAAGGAAUUAUCACUUAUGAUUUGCGAUUGUUUAUUGACUAUUUGAUACAACAAAAAUGGUUUACUUUACAACAACUGAAUAGUAGGAUCGAUAAAUUCCCUUAUUCGAUUGAAGAUAGACAAGAUAAACCUUGUACAUUAUCUCUUAAUAGUGAAAAAAUUACUGGCGGAGCUGUUCAGAUCUGGAAUUUUUUAUAUAUUUUACCUCUUCUUAUCGAAGAUAAAAUUAAGGACGCUGAAGAUAAUGUUUGGCAAUUGCUGAUAAUUCUUACGGAAAUUGUUGAAAUUGUUUGUUCAUCUACGAUACAUGUGACCUAUCUACCUUAUCUCGAUAGUCUGAUAUGCGAAUAUCUUUGUACGAGAGAAAAUUUAUUUCCUGAUACAAAAAUGCGCCCUAAGCAUCAUUAUGUAAGGCAUUAUGCCAAGUUGAUUUUAGCGUUUGGUCCGUUGAUCAAAGUAUGGACAAUGAGAUUCGAAAGUAAGCAUCGUUUUUUUAAACGGUGCAUUCGUUACCUUCUUAAUUUUAUCAACGUUGUUAAAUCGCUAAGUGAAAAGCACGAACUUCAUCAAAGUUUGGUACGCUUGGGUGCAGAUAUCCGACUUGAAGUGGAAACAUUCGAUUUAAACGAUUUUCAAAUAGAUGUUUAUAGUGCAGAUAUUAUAAAUGCCAUUCGAAAGGCUGAUUUACCUUCUGACAUACAAGAAUGUAGUAAAAUUGUGAUAAUAGGAACAGCAUACAAAAAAGGAAAUAUUUUAGCACUUAAGCAAUAUGAAUACCAAAAUAAUGUGAUAUUUGGUAAAAUAUGUUUGCUUCUUUAUUGCAAUGAAUCAGAUAUAUUUAUCUUAUUUGAAAUUUUAGAAACCGAAUUUAUACCAUAUCUUAGAGCCUACAGAGUCAGAAAAACUAUUUCGUAUGAAUGCUGUUCCUUACAGACAGUUUUGCAUUUUAAACCAAUGAACGAAUAUAACCUUGGUAAUAUGCUAUGUAUCAAACCACGGUUUGGAUUCGUGAAGCACCAUCUUUGACUUUUGCUCAACAGACAAAGGCAUAAUUUCAACAUGCCUUUUUUUACAAUCGAAUUUGCAAAUAGUUCUGAAAGCUGUUUCAUCAAAGCUGACUCAUUGGAUGAUAUUAUAACAGGGACUAGAGAAAAA